GUCCAGGCCUGAAGCCAGGGUGAUUCACCCUCAACAAGAAAAUGCGGAAGUCGAUGGAGAAGUUGGAGACUUCAUAGACAUCCCUGAUAUCAACAAGGACCAGAAUCUGUUCCAGGGAGACAUCAUGAUGCCGAAAGAUGCCAGAAACGCUUUACGUAAUGAAACCUACAGGUGGAAGUUUCCUAUCCCGUAUAUAUUGGCUGAUAAUCUGGACCUGAAUGCUAAAGGGGUGAUUCUUAAAUCUUUUGAAAUGUUUCGGCUGAAGUCUUGUGUGGAUUUUAAACCUUAUGAGGGAGAAGGAUCUUUUCUGCAUUUUCAGAAAUUUGGAGGAUGCUGGUCCUAUGUUGGAGACUUCCGUACUGGUCAGGACCUUUCCAUAGGAAGCGGCUGUGACCAUAAAGCCAUCGUAGAACACGAGAUCCUUCAUGCCCUUGGAUUCUAUCACGAGCAGUCGAGAAGUGACCGCGAUGACUAUGUGCAAAUCUGGUGGGAGGAAAUCACUGACGGCAUGAGUCACAACUUUAACACGUAUGAUGACAAGUACAUAACAGAUCUGAACACGCCAUAUGACUACGAGUCCGUCAUGCACUAUGGUCCCUUCUCUUUUAACAAGAACGCCAGUGUCCCAACCAUCACCGCCAAGAUCCCCGCCUUUAACAACAUCAUCGGACAACGUCUCGACUUUUCUGCCAUAGACCUGGAACGUCUAAACAAGAUGUACAGCUGCCCCGCCCCCCUCAUUCUCCUGGAUCAAUGCUCCUUUGAGUUUAUCAACAUUGGUGGGAUGGUCCAGUCAACCACAGAUGAUGCAGACUGGGUCCACACGUUGGCUUCUUCAGGUUCAUCUGGCGAUCAAACCUUAGCUGGACGAUGUAGAGAUGCAGGUUAUUUUAUGCACUUUAACACCAACACCGGAACCAUUGGCCGCACCGCCGUUUUGGAGUCCCGCAUCCUGUAUCCUAAAAGGACCCAUCAAUGUCUGCAAUUUUUUUACAAGAUGAAUGGAAGCCCCCAGGAUCGGCUGACCAUCUGGACCCGCCUAGACGACGGCACUGGAAACGUUAGAAAGAUGAAGAAAAUCGAAACGAUUCACGGUGGGAGCGACCACAACUGGAAGCUCGCCCAUGUGACCCUGAACGCAGACAGAAAAUUCCGCUACGUGUUCCAGGGUGUUGAAGGAGACGAUAAAACCACAAGUGGCGGUAUUCAGAUUGAUGACAUCACUCUGUCAGAACUCCCCUGCCCCAAUUCGGUGUGGACCAUCCGCAACUUCAGCCAGAUCCUUGCCAGCACCGUCAAAGGCGAUCGUGUCGUCAGUCCAUGUUUCAGCACCCCUGAAGGCUACAGAAUUGGUAUCGGUCUCUAUCCCCAUGGGCAAAACACAUCCACUUACACCGGAUACGUCGGGAUCUCAUUCCACCUGUGCAGCGGGGAUGAUGAUGCCGUCCUGAAUUGGCCGGUUUUACACCAUCAGGUUAUCAUCACCGUGUUGGAUCAAGAUCCUGAUAUCGUUCAAAGGAUGUCUUCGAGCCGAAGCUUCACAACUUCAGAAGAUCAAAUUAUAUCUCCAUCAAACAUUUCCCGAUGGGAGAGACCUUCUAAAAUCGGCACGUGGGAUCCCGCCUGCAACUGCUACAGGACCACAGAUUUUGGCUGGUCCACUUUUAUCACCCACUUCAACUUACAUCGCAGGAGUUUUCUGAAAAAUGAUGAUCUGAUCUUGUUGGUGGAUUUUGAGGAUCUUACCCACCUCAUAAAGACAGAAGUUCCUAUCCAGCCUUCUGCACCUUUCAUUGAGGAAGAGGAAAAAUCUGAGAGGUCGAAACGAUCUUUGGAGAACGACUUGGAUAACUACAACGUCCAACCAAUGGAAGCCCAGUGUGAUGACAGCCUGUGUAUGAACGGAGGAGUCUGCGUGUUAGAGAAAGGCAGAGCGAGCUGCAGGUGUGUGUCCAGCCAGGCGUUCAUGUACACCGGUGAGCGUUGCGAGAUCACACAGUUACACGGCAGUAUUAUCGGAAUGGUAAUCGGAGGAGUGGCCGGGACCAUCGCUAUGACCAUAGCAGUCCUCAGUGUGAUGAGCAGAAAAUAAAGAACGGUCUCUAUACUAACAAUCAAGUGUCAAUCAAUGUCUGUAAAUAAAGGA